CUAUUUGAAAUCUUAGGGUUUAUGGGCUAUGGCACUGUGUAGCUAUUCCACUCCGGCUCGGAAUUUGGGGUUCUUCGCUCCGGCCAGGCGCGCCGCGGCCAAGAAUGUGGCCAUUGGAUUGCGGCUUGGCAGAUCUUCGCUGGCGCGCGCGGCAUUGCGGAACGAUUCAUUGCCGAAGAAGAAGCAUCAGCAGACGGAGGAUUUGCUCGCGGAGCUCGAAGAUGAAAUACAACCGUUUCUGGAGCUCCAGCGCGAGAGCGCCAUGCGUUUACGCACAAUGAAGCAUUACGAGAUCAUGUAUCUAGUGCACGAAGCGAAAGUUGGAGAGCUCAAAGAGAUCGUGGAUAAAUUCACUGGUUUUGUCAAAGAGAAGAAAGGGAGGAUCUGGAGAUUCAAUGACUGGGGGAUGAGAAGGCUGGCGUACAAGAUCAAAAAGACGUGGCACGCGAACUAUAUCCUGAUGAACAUCGAGGUUGGGUCCGAGUAUAUCAACGAGCUCAACGCACUCCUGGAGAAGGACGAGAGGAUCAUCCGGCAUAUGAUCAUCACGAGAAAGAAGGCCAUCUCCAAGAAAACGGUGCCUCCGGAGGAGCUUCCACCGUCGCGAGCGGAGCUCUUGGAGAAGGAACUGGCGGCGGAAACGGCCGCCGAGGAGGCUGCGGAGAAAGAAGAGAAGGAAGCUAGAGUUGCGAAAAGGAAAGCUAGGAGGGAGGAAGCAGCAGCAGCAGCAGCAAAAGCAAAGGAUGAAGUGAAGGAAGAUGAAGUUGAAGUUGGAGAGGAAGAUGACGACGAUUUGGAAGAUUUGGAUCUAUCAGCAUUGAAAGAAGAGGAUGAGAUUGAAGACGAGGAGGACGAGAUUGAAGACGAAGACCAUGAAGAAGAUUUUGACGACGACGAAGACGAUAGUGAAGAGGACAGUGAAGUGGAAGACGACGAUGAAGAAGAAAACGAAGACAGUGCGAAGGCACAGCCAAAUCAAAACCCACGAAAAAGGUGACGAAGAUUAUCGAAAAUUUUGUUCGGCUUUUAAGCCCAGUUAAGUACAAAACUUCGAGAGAGAGAGUUCGCUUUUAGCUGCUAUUCACUCUUUAAAUCUGCAAGAGAAAACUGCUUAUGAAGCA